UUGUAUUCAGUUGUAUUUUUUGCUUUAAGAAAGUUAACCGGCUUAUUUGUGUUAAUAUUUUUAUUGAAAUAAUAAGCGUUAUAAUGAGUGAAUCGAAAUUGUCUACGGCCGAAGCAGAGCUGUACGAUAGACAGAUUAGACUGUGGGGAAUAGAAUCGCAAGAAAAGUUAAGAGCGGCCAACGUACUCUUAAUCAAAAUCCGCGGUUUGGGUUCGGAAAUCGCCAAAGACAUCCUCCUCUGCGGCAUCAAUUCUCUCACUAUCCUAGACGACGCCCUAGUCACUGAGGAAGAGAUCUUCAAGAAUUUUCUUCUGAGUCCUGAAUCUGUGGGAAAGAACAUCGCCGAAGCAGUAUUAGAGAAGGCACAAGCCUUGAACCCCUUAGUUAAGAUCACACCAGACAGCGAGAGCGUGGAUAAAAAAAACGCAGAGUUCUUUGCCAUAUUUACAGUUGUCAUUGCAACAGGCUUGAACAGUGUUCAAGUGUUAGAAAUUUCCAAGUACUGCAGAGAUGCUAAAGUUAAAUUCAUAUGUGGUGAUAACUUUGGCAUGUUCGGUUACUCGUUCGCUGAUUUCCAAACGCACGAAUUCUUUGAAGACAAAGUUCAGUUGACUGGAGGCCAAAAACGCGGAAUCGACGGAAGAAUCACAAAAGUUAAGUCAGAACGAACCGUAGUCAAAGUCUGUGGUAAAAUGGAGUACGUCGAUCUUUCCAAAGUCAUCAAGCUGCCAGAAGCCCCAAUGAAACCAAAGAGGAGGAACAUUUACUAUUAUUUGAUGUUGGCGCUCUUGCAGUUCCGGGAUAAGUUCAAUAGAGAUCCGAUGAUGGAGAGCAAGGAGGAAGACGUUAAGGAGCUGAAGGCGAUCAAGGAUGAUAUUUUGAAGUUGUACCAAGUGAAUCCGGAUAAAUUUAAGGAAGAAGUUUUCGAUUUAAUCUUUGGCGAAGUAGUGCCGGUAUGCUCGAUCGUAGGUGGGGUAAUGGCGCAGGAAGCGAUCAAGGCUGUAUCAGGAAAGGAGGUGCCCAUCAAUAAUGUAUUUUUGUUGGAUCCUUUCAACUACAGUGGCAGGGAAGAGAAUGUGGUGUAAAUAAAUAUUCUUAUUCAAUA